AUGUAUUCGCCACGAACGCGCAGGGUUUUAGAAAGAGGAGGAGAUUCCAGAUCGAAGGGGAAGGUUUUGAGGAAGGCAUCGCGGCAGACUGAAUACACCCCACCUACCAGCCCAGACAUCAAGCCCGAGAACCUCCCACCCCUGCCCGCUUCCAUUCCCCCAUCACCAGCCCUCUCGGCGCAAAAGUCACGACAGACCAGUCCAGCGCCGUCUGCUACAUCUCUUUCCUCUCGCCGGUCGGACGCCACGUCAGUGAGGUCCGCCCUACAGCCCACCGUGGAGGACUACAACAGUGACAACGAAGACACUCAACCCUCGGGGUCAGAACGAUCCCAGACCCCAACUAUAACUUCACCACCACCCGAGCCACAGCAGAGCAACGCACCUUCAGAGGCUCCCACGAGCACCAGCACUGAGGCUUCGGCACCGGAGGACCAGAGUGACGGGAGCAAAGCUGCAUCGGAAGCCCCAGCUACUCCCAGCCAGGCACCAAGCUCCAUCAGCAAGGCACCAAGUUCCGCCAGCAAAGCACCAAGUGCCGCCAGCAAAGAACCAAGCGUCGCUAGCAAAGCGGCAACCGCCGCUAGCAAAGCACCCACUACCACGAGCAAGACGCCAACUUCAGUGAGCAAAACUCCGAGUGCAGUAAGCAAAGCUCCGAGUGCAGUAAGCAAAGCUCCGAGUGCAGUAAGCAAAGCUCCGACUGCGCCGAGCAAGGCCCAGAGCUCCAUCAGCAAAGCCCCCACCCUUGCCAGCAAGGCCCCAACCACCACAAGCAAGGCUUCAGGGACCGUUACUUCGGGAGGAGGGUCUUCAUCGAACGAAAAGGCUGGCAGUGACGGAGCCCACGAGAACGAAGACAGCCUUGCCACUGCCGAGCCCCUUCUUCCAGAAGAUAGCAUUUCGCAGCAAGGGGACGACGACGUUACAAGCCACGCGACUUCAUACCAUUCGGCAGCUACGCCAGUCCCGCAGUCACCCACAGCCGCAUCUGCGUCGAGGUCGCCAAAGGCGGCAUCAAUCAAGACGGACUUCCCGAAGAGCUCACCGUCGCUCUCCUACGCCGAAGCCCAGAACGAGUUCGAUCAAGCCCAGUCACCCACCGCUGCGUCGUACGCACAGCCCAGAGGUCCCUACUACAGUCCUUACGCAGACCCCUACUCGUCUCCUAUGCCCGGCUACCCCCAAGGUUACUUCUACCCACCACCCCACAUGGCUAUGGCACCGCCUCAGGGCACGCCUCCCGGCUACGGACAGUCCCCGUUCGGCUACAAUGGCGGCCCGCCGUACAUGGGAUACCCGGGCAGCCCGCAGGCGCGGCGGCAGAACUCGAUGGGCUCGCGCCGGAGCAGCCAGAUGGGCGGCGACUUCGCCAUGCCGCCGGGCAUGGGCUUCGGCAACGGCGCUCUUGGUGGUGGUGGCGGCGGCGGCGGCGGCAACCCGAUGAACGGAGGGUCGGCCGUGGUCGACGACGACGGGGCGGGCGACCUGCUGGGGCGCAUCACGCAGGCGAUCCCGGACCUGCACAUGCUGCUGUCGCGGUACAACGAGACGCGGGGCCAGCUGGGGGCGCGCGAGGAGCUGAUCAAAAAGGCCGAGGCGGCGCAGGCGGACGCGAUCAAGCGCAAGGAGGACCACAUCGACCAGCUGACCAAGCAGCUCGAGGCGGCGGCCAAGCACCACUCGUCGGAGAGCAACAAGCUGCGGCUCGAGAUCGGCAACCUCGAGGAGAAGAAGAAGGAGCUGGAGGAGAGCAUCGCCGAGGCGGAGCAGGCCAAGGCCGACAUGGAGGCGACGCGCGCGCAGCUCGAGGAGCAGAAGACGACGGUCGAGGCCGAGAAGCAGGAGCUCGAGCGCACCAUGGCCGAGGAGCGCGCCCGCCUCGAGACGGAGCUCGCCGAGCUCAAGGACAAGGCGGCGGCGCUGGAGGAGGCCAACGCCGAGCUCGACGGCGAGAAGACGGCGCUCGAGGAGGCCAAGGCGGCGCUCGAGGCGGAUAAAGAAAGCCUCGAGGCGUCGCUCGCGGCGGAGAAGGAGGCCAAGGAAGCAGCCGACAAGGCCGCGGCCGAGGACAAGGAGCGCGUGGCCAAGGAGCACGAGGACGAGACGGAGAAGCUCAAGAAGACGGCCGAGGACGAGAAGAUGGCGCUCGCGGUCGAGUUCGACCGGCUGCAGAAGGAGAAGGAGGACGCGUACGAGGCCGACAAGGGCAAGCUCGUCGACGAGCACGUCAAGGACAAGGAGGCGCUGCGGGCCGACCUGCAGCGCCAGAAGCGCGAGCUCGAGGAGAGCUUCGAGACGGUGCGCAAGGAGCUCGAGAACAAGCUGAACGAGGCGCAGAGCGGCCUCGAGGACGCGCUGAAGAAGGAGCGCGAGAGCCGCGAGCUGUGGAACGCGGAGCGCGAGAGCCUGAAGAAGGGGUGGGAGGAGGAGCGCAACGACCUGAAGAAGGGCUACGACGAGCAGACGGAGCGCCUGACCUCGCAGCUCAACAAGGAGAAGGAAGACCUGCGCAAGUCCUUCGCCGCGGAGCGGGAGGCGGCGGAGAAGAAGGCGCAGGAAGAAAAGGACAAGCUCAUCGAGGAGCGCGACAAGAUCAGGAACGAGUGGGACGAGGACAAGGCGAAUCUCGAAAAGGUCAUCGGCGAGCUCAGGAGCAUCGCCGGCAACUUUGGCAACGAGAGGGAGCGGAUGCAGAAGAUCAUCGAGGGCUUUGGCGAGGCGGCUGUCGUCAAGAGCAAGGGAGAUGCGUACUAUCUUGACGCUUUCGCCCGUCUCCAGCAACAGGUCUUCUCCGUGUCCAACAACCACUUCAAGAAGCCCCCGAACCCAGCACCGGAGGCAGACCAGAUCGGCGAGCUCCCCGCAGGGCUGCCGUCCUUCCUCGCCGACGACACGCCCGCCGCAUCGCACAUACGCAUCUCGUACGUGAUGCACAAGAUCUCGUCCAUCAUCACGCUCCGCAUCUUCACGCCCUUCCUCUUCAGCCCGGAGGGCAUGGAGGACGCGACGACCAAGCUGCUGCAGGAGGUCAGCGACCAGCUGCGUACCAAGAACGCGCUGCGCGAGGCGACGUGGCGGCAGCACACGCUGUCCACCCUGUUCCGCGGCCCGGACGCCAAGCAGCGCAUCAACCGCGCCGCCGGCGCCGUCGUCGACGAGAUCUGCCGCGCCAUCCAGCCCUUCGCCUCGGCCGGCGCCGACGACGAAGAGGUCGUGCGCGUCGAGGUCCGCCGCAUCGUGAAGCUCGCGGCCGAGACGUGGCGCUUCGCCCGCAUCGAGCGCGAGAUGAUGUCGGCGUCUCUGCCCGCGCCGGGCGAGGUCUGUGCCACCGAUCACGUCGGCAGCAGUGGUGGCGACAAGGUGUACUGGCCGCAGCAGCCCUUCGACGACGCCCCCGGCUACCCCAUCUCGUCCAUCGCCGACUUCGACGAGGCGGCCAGAGCGCCGUCGCCCAAGUCGCGGGUGCUGCUGCGGCUCUUCCCCGUCAUCGAGCGCGAGCCGAAGUUGAGGAGCGGAAACGGCGAGCACGACGACAAGCCGGAUGACGGGUGCGUGUACUGCUACGGGCUGGCGCUGUACGAGGACUCGCCGCCGGUGUUGGCGCGCUUGCGCGAAACGGAGCUGGUGUCAGGUACGGACGAAUCCUCUUCUGAUCCCGCUCCUCCUGCUGCCGAUGAUGACGAUGUUAAAAAGGAAGACUCGAGUGCUGAAGCGGUGGCAGAAGACCCUCCAGCUGCCGAAGAGGAGACGAAGGCAGCUGAGGAGGAGGGGAGCGGUGGUGAUGGUGACGCCGCUGCGGCCGCGGCGGUUGCGGCGGCGGUUGCAGCUGCCGCUGUGGCCGCUGCUGCUACUGAGACGGAGGACGAGAAGAAGGAUGAGGAAGGCGAGGAGAAGAAGGAUGAAGAGAAGAAGGAAGGGGAAGGCGAGGAGAAGAAAGAGGAAGAGGAGAAGAAGGAAGAGGAGCCUCCGAAGCAGGACGAGGAGGCUAAAGAAGAAACAGCUGCGGAAGAGGGUGCGAAGCCGGAGGAGGCUGAUGCUGCUGCUGCUGAGGCGAGCGAAGAGAGCAAAGACCCACCUGAUUCUUCUGAUGAUGCUCCAGCGGCGGCCGAUGGUGAAGCCGCGCCUGAGACGGCAGCUGAGGAGAAGCCGGCAGAAGAAGUGCCGGAAGCUCUUGCCGAAGAGAAGUCAGAGGAGAAGGCUGCCGAAGAGCCAGCAGGAGAAGAAAAGCCUGCGGAAGAGGCGAGCGGCGAAGAAAAGCCCAGUGAAGAGCAGUCUAGCGAGGAGAAGCCAAGCGAUGAGGCGCCAUCGGAGGACAAGCCCUCUGAAGAGAACCCUGACGGCGACAAGCCGGCAGACGAACAGCCCAGUGAGGAAACCCCUCCAGAAGAGCCUGCCGUCGGAGAGACAAACGAGGAGAAGGCGGAAGAAAAGAGCGGCGAAGAGCCGCCCGCUGAAGACAAGCCUGAAGAGAAGGCUGCCGAGGACACGCCUGCCGAGCCUACAGAGGAGAAGGCAGCGGAGCCAGAGCCAGAGCCAGAGCCCGCGGUCGACAAUGCUGACGAAGCCAAGGCAGUCGAGGAGCCCUCUCCUGAAACUAAAGAGGAAGAGAAGCCUCCUGAAGAGGCUGCCCCGACUGAGGAGGUUGCCCCGACUGAGGAGACGAAGACUGAGGAGACGCCGGCGGAGGAGGCCCCCGCCGAGAUGCCUGCCGAGGUGCCCACCACGGCUGAGCCUGAGGGUGACGGCUACAUCCCCUUACCACGCAAGAUCGGAUCCACCCCGGGAAUGCCCGCAGACAGUCCUCCGGCACCUGAAGAGGCGAAGCCACCAACGCCUCCUCCGCCGUCGGCCGAAGAGGCCACCAGAGCGCCCUCCCCAGCCCCCAGCAGGAAGGCCGAGAGCGUUCGAAGCAAGGCGCCAAGCGUUCGAAGCGAGCGAGCGCCCAGUAUGCGCAGCGUCAAGAGCUCGUCGAGCCGCAGGCGCUCCUCAUCACGGCCGGAGACGCCGAAGCCGGGGCUCGCUGAAAGCAUCGCGGCGGCCAGCAUCAUCGCGGCGAGCCUGAAGGGCGCCGGGGGCGAAGACUCCAGCGACGCAUCCUCGUCCAUCCCGACGCUCCCCACGCCUUCGUCAGACGAGAAGGCCCGAAGCGUGCGCAGCGAGCGGCCGUCGUCGCGCACGCGCACGUCGCACUCGCGGCGCGGGUCCGAAGUGACGGCGGACGAGCGGCCGCACUACCGCAUGAGAGACAAGCCCAUCUCGCUCGAGCGCAGCUCCAGCCACCGAAGCGGCAACAGGGCGCGCACGCUGGGCGAGGAGGCGACGCGGGCCAGCAGCAGCCGGCGGCACUCGUCCUUCGCGGCCGUCGGCAGUCCCACGGUCGAAGCCAUGACGCCGGCGAGCGAGGCGUCGCUGCGGGACCGCAGCGCGCCCCGCAGCAGCAGCCGGUAUGCGGAGAGCAUCAGCAUGGAUAGCAUCAACCCCAGCGGCGGCGGAGCAAGCUCGAGGGGUGGUAGCAGUGGGAGCAAGUCGGGGACGGUGACGGAUAACAGGAGUGCGGCUAUCAAGGGGCUCUACCAGCACCAGAAUCAGUACCCGCACCACCAUGUUACGAGUUGA